AUGGAAUUAAGUUCGGGAUCUUCUAGCAGCUUUAGGAGUACAAAUGGAGGUCGAAAAGUGUGUGAUUGUGGAUUGCCGGCUAAGAUCUACAAAUCGAAAACGGAGAAAAAUCCAAAUCGAAGGUUUUUUGGGUGUCAAUUGUACAAGGAAGGAGGUAAUGCACACUGCAAGUUCUUUAGGUGGUUUGAAGAAGAAACGGUGAAAGGAUUGCCGAAAAUAGGGUUGAUAGAAGCUGAAGCUGAAAUUAAUGCGAAGAACAAGAUUAUCGAUCAACUAACAGUGACAAUCAUGGAGCUCCGUGAGCAUUUGGAGAGGCAUAAAGGGGAGAUAUCAUCAAUUGAUUCCGACGAUGAAGAGAAAGAGUCAAUUGAUAUCGGAUUGAAGACAAAGGCUAAGAUUGAUGAGCUAGAAAAGACUGUGUAUCGCCAACGAGUCAUCAUCACGGGUUUGACUGGUUUACUUGUAUGUGCCAUUGGAGUCAUUGUCUGUAGUUGA